AUGUCUGAGCCCGAGCAGUGCAUCAUAUGUCUUGAUCUGCUGCCGCACCCCUCGUCUGCGAACGGGACUGCCUCCGCCUCCACGACCACCGAUGUCGCCGAUGCUGUCGGCGAGGUGGCAAACCACCUGGACAUUGUGGCCGCCCUCGAUGGCUGCGAACACCUAAUCCACGACUCCUGCAUUCGUGCAUGGGCCCAAAAGACGAAUACCUGCCCCAUUUGUCGCAACCCCUUUCACACCGUCAAGGUCUACAAUGGAUCCGAUGGUACCCCAAUUUCCACGUACGACGUUCAGGAUAAGAAGCAGGUGGCCGAGUUUGAUGCUCAGCAGUGGAUGGCUCAAAACCCGGAGCCUGAGGAAGACGAAGGCAGCAACCCAUGCCCCAUAUGCAGCUCGGCCGAACGGGAGGACGUCCUGCUCCUCUGUGACAGCUGCGAUGCCGCCUACCAUACCCACUGCAUCGGGCUCGAUUACAUCCCCGAAGGCGACUGGUACUGCAUGGAAUGUGCCCAUCUCUUUAACCUCACGGAGGAGCCUGAGGCAUCGGAAGUUGCCGCGCCAUCGCCUACGCCCCAAAACGUCCGAAGACCCAACCCACGAGAUGUUCGAGGAUAUCAUGUCCGGACCCGUGCACGGCUCAGGAGGGCCCGCCGCCAGGCACGAAAUGCCGAGUGGCAAGGUGCAUGGGGACAGUUCGCCGGCCGCUUCUUCGAGAUGAGCGACCUGGAUCUCGACAACUACGACGAUGACGAAGACCUCGAGCAGUUUCGCCGCUUCCAGCAGAACGACCAACGAGAGCUGCAACGAUGGCAACAGCGUGUCAACAUUGCCCAGCGACUAGGUGCCCAAGAAGAAUUCGCACCCAGUAUUCCACCGCAAAUAAGCGAGCGCCUACACUCGGCCCCCCAGCCUGUAGAGGAGACGAGAGACGAACUGCGGGCGUGGGGUGCCUUCAACCGGGCUCGUGAAGCCGACACAAACCUCAAUAACCACAACAAUAACAACAACAACGGCGGCAGCAGCAGCAGCAGCAACAACAACAACAACAACAACAACAGCGCAUCUCGCAAGCGAAAAACUCGGUCCGUCACGGCAUCGCCGUCUGAGCCAGUACCCGAACCGGAGAGGAAGCUGAAGCGGCCUCGAACUCGACGGCUUCCCAAUCAGUCGGAGGCCUCGGCCGCUGCUCCGGCUGCGCCUGCCGCAGAUUCAUCAAGUUCACGGCCGACGACCAACGGCGUGCCCACGAGAGCGACCCUCAACCGACUGGAGACGGACCCUCCGCUGGUGUCUUCGCUGCUCAAAGAGCUGGAGCCAAAUGGAAUAUCCGAGGACGAGGCUUGGGCCACUAGUCCAACCUGGCGGUUGCUUCCCGAGGCUUCCUCUCCCGUUCUCUCACCGUCCGCUUCAAACCACAGCAGUCCACGAGCGCUCUCCCUCACCCCUCCGCCUCUCCCCCGAACGAAUGGACGGGAGGCAUCCCCGACCCUGUCGCUCAGCACACAUAUCGAGCCCGUAUAUCCACCAGCCAACUACUCGCCAAGUCGGUCAACAAACGAUCACGGUGAUUCCGAACCACGACCAAGCAAAUCAGAGAUUCGACCACUGGAACUGCGCCAACCGCGCCCACGUCGACCGCAGCAAGUUCUGCAACGAAAAGAAGACUCCUCGCCCACGAGAUUAGCCAUGACACACGAGGAAAAGAAGAGCAUUAAUGAGAUCGUCAAGAGCGCUCUGAGGCCGUACUGGCGGGCACAGAAGCUGACGACGGAGCAAUACGAGUCGAUCAAUCGGGAGAUAUCGCGGAAGCUUUACGACGAAGUCAAGGAUGCUUCCUUGCUCAACGAAGCUUCUCGGCUAGCAUGGGAAAAACGAGCGACGCAGGAGGUGACGCGAGCGGUCGACGAGCUUCAGGCGUGA